GCACACACAGACACAGGGUCAGGGGCAGGUCUCCGCCUCACGGCCGGGCCGCCCCACCCUGCCCGCCCCCAGCACCGCCCAGGCCCGAGCGUCCGGCGGCACCGCGCGAGGGGAGCCCGCGGAGCCGGGGAGGGCGGAGAAGUGGCUGCCAAGUGGUUGAGCAUUGGAGUUCCAGGGCACCUUCUGUCCCCUCCAGCCCAGCAUUUAGUUACAAGUGGAAGGCAGGUCUUUGAAAUACAGGAUGGCUACUCAGCAGCUAGUCAGGCAAAAGAAGAAGUCCUCUAAGGAAGCAGUGCUGUUCCCUGAUGCCAUGGCCACGGAGCCGCAGUCUCUGGUGCUGGUGAAGAGGCUCCUGGCUGUCUCCGUGUCCUGUAUCACCUACAUGAGGGGGCUGUUCCCAGAGAGCUCCUACGGAACCCGCUACUUAGAUGACCUGUGUCUAAAAAUUCUCCGUGAAGAUAAAAGCUGUCUGGGAUCAUUGCAGAUAGUCAAGUGGAUUCAAGGUUGUUUUGAUGCUUUGGAGAAGCAGUAUCUACGCAUCGCCGUCCUUGCAAUUUACACCAAUCCCAAGGAACCGGAGGUAGUGACUGAACUGUACGAAUUCAAAUUCAAGUACAAAAAGAAGGUGCCACAGAUGGACAUCAGCAGCAACCACAGGGAGUUUGUGACUGGGCUGUGCAGUGAGGACAUCAAACAGGCCAGCAGGCUCCUGCUCCGUAAGCUCUACCUGCUCAUGCAGAACCUGGGGCCACUGCCCAAUGACAUCACCCUCACCAUGAAACUCCUCUACUACAACGAUGUCACUCCCAAAGAUUACCAGCCCCCCGGCUUUAAGGAAGAUGCCAGCCCUGGUGACCUGCUGUUUGGAGGGGAUCCUGUCAACCUGAGAGUGGGCUCAGUCUCCACCGACUUCCACCUCAUGAAAGUGAGAGUGAUGACUGAGAAGAAGAGGGUGAGGAAGGCUCACAGCAAGCUGAUCCAGAAGAGAAGCCCUACUGAGAUCUCCCACCAAGGGUUAGACUGUGAGGAGGAGGAAGAGGAGGGGAGCACCAAGAAUCACCCUCUCCCUGUCAGCGUAGAUUCAAGUGAGCAUGAAGGGAACAAAAAUAACACCCCCCCAGGCAGGAAAGUGGAAGCACCUUCUUUGUGCCUUCAAGAUACAGGUAGAAAGAAGAAGGCAGGAAUAAAAGAGACAGGCAGGAUGCCUUGCUCAAGGGCAUCCCAGCAGGGUAAGUUAACGAGAGUAGGAAAUUGCUACUAAAAUUUUCCCCGCCUCUGUUGAAAAGAAUCCCGGGGUGUCUAACCCAGACAGCAACUGCAGACUGCACUCACCGUGUCAUUCUAAAGGCAUCUGCGAGGUAUUUGCCUUGACUCUGGAUCUUAGAAAUGAACUUCUGUGCCUAGGCUGGUAUUUUUCAAACUUUAACCACAUUUUUUUUUUGUGUCACAUCCUCCGGUUUCCUUCUCAUCAUUGUUUAUUUUGUCGUCUGUGUGAAAACAGGAGCCUUUUUUGUUUGUAGCUCAUGGUUGUCCCACUGAUUCAUGCUCUGACCUUCUUUUGGGGCUGUCACGAUGGUAAGCAGAGGACCAGACACUUCUCUCUCUCACUCUCAGCAUGUGAAUGUCAUUAAAAUUCGGUAGCAGGAGUGAGAGUGUCUGAAGGUGGUGGAAACAGCAUUAGUUGCUGAAAAAUGGAAGAAUCACUUUAUCCAUCGUAUGCUUCCAAAGACUUUUAAAAAAAAUUAAUCCCAAGCCCUCUGCCUGGUAGAUUCUGCGUGGGAGAGGGUUUUCUUAAUGUAUUCUUUGAUACUAUUUUUAAAACCUCAUUACUUCGAAGCUGGCUAAUAUUUCACUGGGUUUAGGGAAAAACAAAGUCAAGGCAGUAGUUAGAAUCAUCACUGUAAAACCUGUGCUAAUAAAAAUUUGACACUCUUUUCCAUAUGAGAGGGACUUUCCCUUCUUUUCUGAAGGAAGUGGUUAAAACAAAUGACCAUUGUGUAUUCCACUUGAAUCAGGAAGCCAAGCUGACGAGUGAAGUUUGUCUUAAAAAACGAGGAGAAGCUUGGCUGGGUGGGAAGUCUGAGUUAGGUGUUAUCUGACAGGGUCAAGUACAGGUAAGAUGGGUUGGAACAGACCUGUUGGGCUGUGAGUGUGAACACCUUGUUGCUGCCCAGACACUAUUAAUAGUGUUUUCCAGCUGUUGGGUUGGGGUGUGAAUGCCAAAAUUUUCCAAACUCACCAAAACAAUUUGGAGUGUCCCAGAAAUAGCUGUCUGCACAAGGGUUUGAUAUUCAAGAAGUUCUGAGUUCGAAACCGUUACCCACAGUCACAAGUUGCUUCUGGAAAUGUGGGUGAGCACAUUUCUGCCCUUCAUCUGGAGUGAAUCCUUCUGAUUCCUUGGUUACCAAAAAUAAAAACUGUGCUGUUGGAAUUGAGUUUAUUGGUCACUACCUUCCUGACCUAUAGCUCUUCAGGAAAACCAGGAAUGAAAGUAUU